AUGCAGGCUGUUGCAAGGGUCACUGGGUACUACCAUAGAUCUGUCGACCGAGCUGCAAGAAGAAUCUUAAUGCGUUAUUCUUAUCAUUCUCAAGCGUGUUGUUCUUAUAAACUAGUGCUCAGCGUAACAAGUUCAAGACUUGUGAUCCUCGUUGCCUACUCUGUUACAGGUAUAGGAUACAACGCAGAUAUGCGCCUCACUCCGUUCGAGUACGCAGUGCUGCUGACCAUCAUCGCCAACUGCGUGGUGCUGGCCAUGGAGGAGCACCUUCCCGACGGCGACAAGACGCCUCUGGCGCAAGACUUGGAGAAGACGGAACCUUACUUCCUCUUCAUCUUCUGCGUAGAGGCGUCACUCAAGAUCAUCGCCCUCGGCUUCGUCCUCCACCCAAAAUCUUACCUGAGGAACAUAUGGAACAUGAUGGACUUCGUGGUUGUGGUGACGGGGUUCAUCACGUUAUUUGGGCAGGACGCCAUAGAAGUAGACUUAAGAACACUGAGAGCUAUCCGGGUUCUAAGGCCAUUAAAACUAGUAUCAGGCAUACCGACCUAG